GGUCCAUUCAAAGUAAGCGGCAAUAGGAAGAAUGGCUCCGGCGGCCGAAAUUGUGCAAAAGAGAAAAAGGCAAAGUGCGCUGGUGAUGGAUGAAUGGCUUGCUGAAUUUAUUAAAAGAACUAUUCUGAAACUCCCAUUCUCAGAGACUGUGACCAUCCUAAAAGCUUGGGGAUUCUUGACAGAGAGUGAAUUGCAAACCUUCACAUUUCGAUAUCCCAAGGAUGUUACAGCCACAGAGGUUGUUCGUCUCUGUGAGGCAAAAAAUGCUACAGUGGAUCAUGCUGCAGCACUGGACUUAGUUUUUAAUCAUGCCUAUUCAAAUAAAAAAUCCUGGACAGUUUAUCAAAUGUCCAAACCUUCAGAGUCUGAAAAUGAUCUCUUUGAUGCAUCAGAAUUCAAACUUCAGUUUAAAAAGAGCAUUCAUGGAGUUUCAAAAAAUGUGACCCUCAAUUUCAAACAGUUUGGAGAGGCCCUGUGGAUUCGCAUUGCUUGGGGAACUCACAACACCAGGCCAAAUCAGUACAAGGCCACAUUUGCUGUGUAUCACUCUCAGACACCGUAUGUCUUUAUUACAGGCCUUGGAAAGGCAUGUCGGCCUCUUAUGUGUCAGGCACUUGUCAUAGCUGCCAAAUACAGUCAGAUUCAGGAAAUGGAGCUCAAGAGUCGAUGCUUGGAAUCCCUAAAGGAUAUUGUUUUUAAGCGGUUUAAUCAGCCCUUCUCUUCACAUCACUCAAUACCUCAUGAAAAAGCCCUCAUUCCAAAAAUUGUUGAUCCAAGGGUUAUCUAUGAAAAUAUGAGAGAAAAAGACAGAGUUAGUCAUCUGACUCGUGAAACCUUUGGAGAGGGUCCACUUCCAAAACUAGAACUUGCCUCCUACAAGCUUGAAACUAUGUUCAGAGCGGAAUCUAUAAUGGAUGGUAAUUUAACUGCCGUUAAUGAACCCUUCAGAUGCGUUGUCAAGUUUUCCAGCCCCCAUCUUCUUGAGGCCAUAAGAUCUUUGGCACCAGCAGGUAUUGCAGAAGCACCAAUUUCCACUUUACUUUCAUGUAUUCCUCACAAGGCCAGGAAUAGUUUUAAAAUCACAGAAAAGCGAGGCAUGCAUCCUACAAGCAGUCAAACCACCAAUUUUUGAACUUGCACUUGUUGUAUUGUUGUACUGUUGUAUUUCAGAGUCUUUUUAAAGCAUUUUUGCACAGCUCCACUUGCUUGACUUAGCUUUUAUUACAAAUACCCCACAUACUUCUAGACUUGCAAAGUAAAUUUUGUUUAAAUGUAUUGCACACAAUCUGACCCAGAUGUUAUUUAAACUGUAGAUUUUUUUUCUACAGGAUAUGUUUUUAUACUAAUAAUGUGGCACUUUGCACCUAGUCAUUAUAAUAUGUAUAGGCCUUUGGCUUCUACAGUAUUGUAGUUUUUAAAAAUAGAUAAUAAUAAAAUACACUUGAAGGGAUGCAUUGAUCUGCACAAACAGUAUUUAAUUGACUAGGCCUGGAUAUACAGUGAGGUCCAAAUAUUUAUGGACCUAACUGUAUAGAACUUUGUAUUGACUAACUUGCCACUUUUGCAGGAUUAACCUAAAAUAAAAACUACUUUUAUUCCACUAUAUAAGGGCUAAUUUACAAAGGGUGGGGCAUGGUGCAAACUUUAUGGUUGAGAAAGGUUCCUGAUGGGACCUUUGUGCCCCACUUCCCCUAGCUUCUUUGCAUGACAUUUUAUUUUGCCGGGAACACAUUUUAUGAUCUUCAGAUAUAUAUGUGUUUACUAUAGUGCAUAUAACUUGCAUCCAUUCAUAUAAAACAGAAGCCUUCAAAUUUACUUUCUAAAACAAAAGCAUCAUUCCCAGGACAGCACAUGGAUUUGUCAAAAUUACAAUUUUCAGAGCUAAAGCAGCGUUAAAAGAGACCCUAUAAAUAACCAACUUCUGGAGCUCCAUAAAGAGCAGGGUCUGCAUUUUCAGGGCACUCUUAAAAUUUGUUAGUAAGUUGUUAACGUCUGUGUCAUUAUUUUAGUAAAACACUAUAUAAAGGUAUCACUCACUGUGUUCCAAUGACAACUAUAGCUCCCUCACUGCUGAGACAUUCUCCUUUCUAUAGAUUGGCAACCUCUAUUUUUAGCGAUCAGAUGUCACCAGGACAUUCCUAUGUAGGGUAAAUGUUUUUGAUGAGGCAAGUAAUAUAACUGCUUGUAUACAUGAAUAUAUAUAUAUAUAUAUAUAUAUAUGUCCCAAAGGUGCACUCCGUUUCCUGUGUAAAUGCUCGGGUGCCAGCAAACAUGUAAUGGUAUAUCUGCAGGAAUAGCAACACUCACGGGACUCUUCUGAAGCUUAACAAAUGUAAUACUUUAUUGGAGACUCAACGUUUUGAUCCCCCACAGGGACGAAGAUCCCUGUGGGGGAUCGAAACGUCGAGUCUCCAAUAAAGUAUUACAUUUGUUAAGCUUCAGAAGAGUCCCGUGAGUGUCGCUAUUCCUGCAGAGAGAUAUAUAUAUGUGUGUGUAUAUAUAUAUAUAUAUAUAUAUAUAUAUAUGUAUUUAUUUACAAAUAAGGAAAGAAUUUGUCUGAUGAAAAUGGUUUUAAUGUAUAAUCUGUUUACAAUUGCUUCUAAAUACUAUGCUUUCCCCUUGAGCUUGUUUUUAUGCAGCAUCUUAUGUUGUCCUAACUAAAUGAUUUCACUUUCAGAUAUCUUUCUAAUCUUUCCAUGUGUCCUGAAUUAUAAGGUUAGACUAAGAUAAAUCACUGUGAUCAAUACAGUAUAUUCUAAUACUUUAAAACAAUGGCUUAAUAUUUUUAAUCAUUCUCUGCUGUGUUGUUUGGCUGAUAUUAAUAAGAUUGGUGCCUACACGAGUUGACUUUUAUUCCACUUUUAUGAUAAACAGUGUUUUUUUUAUAGUUGUGUAACCAAAUUUUUGUUUGUCUUACUUGUGUGUUUUCAACAUAUAUGUGUACAUUUAUAAUGUUGUACAGGCAAAUAUCAACACAUUUAAAUGUUUAUUUUUUCCUGUUGAAAUAUUAAAUUUAUGAAACAGUG